AGGUGGGAGGCAAUUUUUAUUGAUCCAGUCUUGCGCUGCACGUCAUCGUUGCCGAAGCACUUCUCACUAUCCCCUUUUCAGUCCUGGCAGCUCUCCAUACUGCUCGCGAGGUGCUGUGCAACCCGAAAAAAUCAGUGUAGUGCUUCUGUGUGUGCCCGUGGAGCGAUGGAGACCCCCAAAGUGCACCACCCCAAGACGAAGUCGCGACGGUCUAGGCACAAAAACGACAGUCCCGUGGCGGAGGCGCAGCAAAAUGGUGCGAAGGAGGCGGAGGAGGAGCCGCAGCAGGAGUCGGACCACAUCCAGAAGGGCAUCCUCGGGUAUAUCGACAGGCAGAUCGGGACGCAGCAGCGGAAGAUCCAGUCGCUGUCGGAUCCGCAGGGAAGUCCAGCGCAGCGUAGCGCGCGGAGCAGGAAUAGCAUGGAGCGCAGUCCGCGGAUGAAGAGAAGCAAGUCUGAGUCGCGGCGACGGAAAGAGCGCAAGCUGAUCGCCGCUGGCGAGAUGGAGGUCAGGCAGGCCAAUGAGACGCUGAUGAAGUAUCUGAAGCAGUGCUCGGACGUGAACGACGCCUCACUGUCCGGGGAUCUGGAGAUUGACAAGACGGCCGACGUGCAGCGGCACGUGCUGCGGAAGUCGCGCUCGCAGAAGCUGGCGCCCAGCUUCCGGACUGUGCCCGCGGGCUGCCAGUCGCGCUAUGACAUCACGGCGGUGCUGGACGAGCUGGGUAACGACGUGAUCAGGCAGCGCAGCGCAGACAUCUACAAUCCCUUCACGCCCGUCGUGUCGCCCACCGACGGUCCGCCCACGCGCAUCGACAAGAUGUUCAUCCAGACGACGAGCGGCUACAGAUCCGUAGACUCGAACUUCUAUAAGAGCGCCCUGGACACCGAUCCGGAGGCCGGCGCCUGGACUCCGCUGACGAACGGCCUGUACCUGGCUUGCGCGCUGCAGCACUUGUGGCACCUGGUCAGCAACAUAUGCCACGGCCUCCUGGGCGGCCUGGCGAUGGGCCAUCUCAUCUUCGUGUUCAGCACGGCGCCGCACGACUGGAGCAAGGCGUCGCUGAGCCAGUACGAGACCUUCGCCGAGGUGUUCUUCAGCAUCUUCUACUUCCUGGCCAUUUUGUGCGUGGUGUCGGUGUUCGACCGCAUGGAUCUGGCCCAGAUCAGCCUGUCCAAUGCUUCCAAGACCAUCUCCUUUCGCUGGAUGGUGGUCAUCCUGCCCAUCUACUUAGUCACGGUCAUCCUCAGCCUCUCCGCCGACUCGCUGAACGACAGAUUUUACUUCAUCAACUACAACCUCACCACAAUCCAAGUGAACAACCCAGAGAGCAGGAUCAUCAGUAUCUGGAACACGCUAUCCGUGGCCAAGAGCGUGGGCGCGAUAGUGGGAUGGAUUCUCGUGGCUCUGUCUCCGGUGGACUUGCUGUACAGUCGCCUGGCCGAAAUGGAGAAGUACUUGGCGAACUAAAUGCCCGCAUAUCCCCAAAAUAGGCAUCGCCCUCCCUGCAGGAAAAGUAGAUGUGAGCAAUUUGCAACACACCUUUAGUUCGUGGAACUUUCAAUUAUAUUUUCAACAAAUUCAGUGAAAUGAAUGCUGUAGAGACGACAAUGCUUAGUGCUAUGUAUUGUGCACAUGUAUAUCUUGUAAAUAAUAUAUAUUACUUCAGACUCAUUAAAA